AGCAGGAAGCUCGCGCCGCCGUCGCCGUCCCGCUCCGCUCCGUUCCCCCGACGCGUUCAGGACCUGCUGCGCCAGGCGCGCCGUCCCCGGGCCCCGCGUGCGUCCCCACGAGGAGAGUGACCCCAUCGCCCGACCUUCUCCUCCCCGGGGCCAAGCGUGCCCGGCCGCAACUCCCGCAGCCCUUUCGCCGCCUUGAAAGCCAUGGACGCCACGGAGCCGCAGCCGGACCCCGAUGGCGGGGACGCCCCUGGCCACGAGCCAGAGGGCAGCCCCCAGGACGAGUUCGACUUCUCCAUCCUCUUCGACUAUGACUAUCUGAAUCCUAUCGAAGAAGAAUCGAGUGCGCAUAAGGCCGGCAGCCCACCCUCCGGACUCGAAUACCCCGGCGAUGUCCUGGACUGUGGCCUCAAGCCAUACAGCCCCCUUGCCAGUAGUCUCUCUGGCGAGCCCCCCGGCCGGUUCACAGAGCCGGAUAGAGUAGGGCCCCAGAACUUUUUGAGCCCUGCCCAGCCAGUGAGGGCCUCGGGUCUGAGCCCUCGGAUUGAAAUCACUCCAUCCCAUGAACUGAUGCAGGCAGGGGGUUCCCUCCGCAUGAGAGAUGCUGGCCUGCCGCCAGAGCAGCCGCUGGUCGGGGCGGCCGCCGGCCCGAGGUUCACCUUGCCCGUGCCCGGCUUCGAGGGCUACCGCGAGCCGCUUUGCUUGAGCCCCGCUAGCAGCGGCUCCUCUGCCAGCUUCAUUUCCGACACCUUCUCCCCCUACACCUCGCCCUGCGUCUCGCCCAAUAACGGGGCCGACGACCUGUGUCCUCAGUUUCAAAACAUCCCUGCUCAUUAUUCCCCCAGAACGUCGCCAAUAAUGUCACCUCGAGCCAGCCUCGCCGAGGACAGCUGCCUGGGCCGCCACUCACCGGUGCCCCGUCCGGCCUCCCGCUCCUCGUCGCCUGGUGCCAAGAGGAGGCAUUCGUGCGCCGAGGCCGUGGGUGCCCCGCUGCCCGGAGCUUCCCCCCAGCGCUCCCGGAGCCCCUCGCCACAGCCCUCGUCUCACCUGGCACCUCCUGACGGUGCCCCUGCUGGCCACUCCCCAACGGCCGGCUCUGCCGUCCUCAUGGACGCCCUGAGCAGCCUCACUGCGGACUCACCUUGUGGGGUUCCCCCGAAGAUGUGGAAGACCAGCCCUGACCCGUCACCUGUGUCCGCCGUCCCAGGCAAGGCCAGUCUGGCCCGCCACAUCUACCCGGCCAUGGAGUUCCUGGGGCCCUGCGAGCAGGAGGAGAGGAGGAACUCGGCCCCUGAGUCCAUCCUGUUGGUGCCGCCAACCUGGCCCAAGCAGCUGGUGCCGGCUAUUCCCAUCUGCAGCAUCCCAGUGACUGCGUCCCUCCCCCCAUUGGAGUGGCCACUCUCCAGCCAGUCGGGCUCCUAUGAGCUACGGAUUGAGGUGCAGCCCAAGCCGCAUCACCGGGCACACUAUGAGACGGAGGGCAGUCGAGGGGCCGUCAAAGCUCCAACCGGAGGCCACCCUGUGGUUCAGCUCCACGGCUACAUGGAAAACAAGCCCCUGGGGCUGCAGAUCUUCAUCGGGACAGCGGAUGAGCGCAUCCUGAAGCCGCACGCCUUCUACCAGGUGCACCGGAUCACGGGCAAGACCGUCACAACCACCAGCUACGAGAAGAUCGCGGGCAAUACCAAAGUCCUGGAAAUCCCCUUGGAGCCAAAGAACAACAUGAGGGCAACCAUCGACUGUGCGGGGAUCCUGAAGCUCCGAAAUGCAGACAUCGAGCUGCGAAAAGGCGAGACGGACAUCGGCAGGAAGAAUACGCGGGUGAGGCUGGUGUUCCGAGUGCACAUCCCUGAGGCGAGCGGCAGGAUCGUGUCCUUGCAGACGGCGUCCAACCCCAUUGAGUGCUCCCAGCGAUCUGCCCACGAAUUGCCCAUGGUGGAGAGACAGGACAUUGACAGCUGCCUGGUAUACGGUGGCCAGCAGAUGAUCCUCACCGGACAGAACUUCACCGCCGAGUCCAAAGUUGUGUUCACCGAGAAGACCACAGAUGGACAGCAAGUGUGGGAGAUGGAGGCGACCGUGGAUAAGGACAAGAGCCAGCCUAACAUGCUUUUUGUCGAGAUCCCCGAGUAUCGGAACAAGCACAUCCGCACCUCUGUAAAGGUGAACUUCUACGUCAUCAAUGGCAAGAGGAAACGGAGCCAGCCUCAGCACUUUACCUACCACCCAGUCCCAGCCAUCAAGACAGAGCCCACGGAUGAGUACGACCCCACUCUGCUCUGCAGCCCCGCCCAUGGAGGCCUGGGAAGCCAGCCAUACUACCCGCAGCACCCCAUGGUGGCUGAGUCCCCCUCGUGCCUGGUGACCACCAUGGCUCCCUGCCAGCAGUUCCGCUCGGGGCUCUCGUCUCCCGAUGCCCGCUACCAACAGCAGAACCCCGCAGCCGUCCUCUACCAGCGGAGCAAGAGUCUGAGCCCCAGCCUGCUGGGCUACCAGCAGCCGGCCCUCAUGGCCACGCCCCUGUCCCUCGCGGACACCCACCGCUCUGUGCUGGUGCACGCUGGCUCGCAGGGCCAGGGCUCGACCCUGCUGCACCCAUCUCCCACCAACCAGCAGGCCUCGCCCGUGAUCCACUACUCGCCCACCAACCAACAGCUACGCUGCGGGAGCCACCAAGAGUUCCAGCACAUCAUGUACUGCGAGAAUUUUGCACCCGGCCCCACCAGGCCUGGCCCACCCCCUGUCAGUCAAGGUCAGAGGCUGAGCCCGGGCUCCUACCCCACGGUCAUCCAGCAGCAGAAUGCCACAGGUCCAAGAGCUGCCAAAAAUGGACCCCCAGUCAGUGACCCAAAGGAAGUCUUACCUGCAGGAGUGACAAUUAAACAGGAGCAGAACCUGGACCAGACCUACCUGGAUGACGAGCUGAUAGACACACACCUUAGCUGGAUACAAAACAUUUUAUGAAACAGAGUGACUGUGAUCUUUGGUCCAAGAAAACAGAGUCAAAGUUAAUGAGAUCAUCAGGAAGGAGUUUUCAGGACCUCCCGCCAGAAAUCAGACGUAGAAGCCGCCAUUACUCUCAGACGCCUUCCGUAGCAGACCCCUCGGAGUCCCCCACUGUCAAGCUCUUCGGCCCAGAGGCUGCAUGCAGAACAAGGUGUUUGGGUGCCCACAGAGGAGCCGGCCCCCACCCAUGCAGACACCAGCGGCCCUGUACUUCUCUGCGUCUUCCUUUUAGAUCCGUGGGAACUUUUCCAAUGGAACCUGCCAGCAUCUCAGCCAGCUGUUAAGUGGCUGCCCACUAAAGCGACAUCUGGGCCCAGAUAGGACACCAGAACUCAGAAUUGACCUGUGGUCUGAGCGACUUGAGCCUGAGGGAAUAAACUGGGCCCCGAGAUUGACUCUGAGGUAGACCCCAGCCCUCGGCAUUCAUGUUUCCUGUCACAGAUAUCACCACGGCCCCCUGCCCCACCCCAGGAAUCCCAAAACUGACACACCGACGGGGCCAAUCCUUGCCAUUGCAAAAGCUUUGGUCCUGAAUUUUUUCCUUCCUGAACAAAAUUUCCUUCCCCACCAAGACCACCUCUCCAAGUGUCUUGGUGUUAAGUUAUAACAUGUCCAUGUUUGUUAGCUUCUUGGUUUCUCUGCUUCAGAGAGCUGGUGCCGGCGGCCGAGAUCCUUCCCCCCACUCCGGGGCAGUGCACCUGCAGACCUAGGAGACCCCUGCUGCAGCUGUCCC